AUGGCCUCUACCAAAGCCUUCAUCAUCAUUGCCAUGGCCACAGUUUUUCUUCCUUCCAUUCUGGGAAAGGAGUUCAUCGUUGGAGAUAGCACUGGUUGGACAACCAACUUCGAUUACCAGGCUUGGGCUCAGGAUAAGCACUUCCAAGUUGGUGACAAGCUUGUUUUUAAUUACAAGAAGGGAGCUCACAAUGUGUUCGAAGUCAAUGGAACUGCCUUCCAGCAGUGCUCAAUCCCACCUGCAAAUGAGGCUCUUACCACUGGAAAUGAUGUGAUUACCCUUGCCACCCCAGGAAAUAAAUGGUACAUUUGCGGUGUUGCCAAACACUGUGCCUUAGGAAACAUGAAGCUCCCCAUAACUGUGCAACCUCAAUUGGGAUCUUUGUCACCUUUGCCCUCACCUUCACCGGCUCCUGCCCCCUCAGCCCCGGUUUACUGCAGCCGCAAAUACAAGCACUGCCUCUAG